UUGGACGAUGCGAAUGGCUUAUGAAUAUUAAUGAGAUUUGAUUAUCUCAUUAUCUAGGAGCGUGACGGACCUACAGGUCCUUCAGCUACCCUAACUACUGGCCCGAUUUACGCGUAACAGGUACCGAUGAGGACAGCCAAACACUAUCUGUACCAGCUGAGGUCGGUAAGGUCCAGGAACUAACGCAGAGCCAUGGCGGAAACAGACGACAGAAAACCGUACACGAGCAGCGGCAGUCUCACGUUUAGGGAUGGAGAAUUUAUACUUGACCGGAAACCUCUCCGCAUUCUCAGUGGUACCAUGCACUACUUCCGAGUGGUGCCCGAGUACUGGGAGGAUCGCCUCUUCAAAAUGAAGGCAUGCGGGCUCAACACUGUGGAAACGUACGUGGCAUGGAAUAAGCACGAAGAACAUCCGGGCAAGUUUGAUUUUGAGGGUAUACUGGACAUCAGGAAGUUUGUACAAGUGGCCCAAAAGGUUGGAUUAUACGUGAUAUUCCGUCCCGGGCCAUACAUUUGUGCUGAGUGGGACCUCGGUGGACUGCCAAGCUGGCUGCUUGCCGACGAGAACAUGAAGAUCCGUAGUAACUACAAACCUUAUCAAGAGGCUGCUGACCGAUUCUUUGCGAAACUUUUACCUUUAGUCGCAGAUCUACAGUAUUCCAAAGGAGGUCCUAUAAUAGCUGUCCAGGUAGAAAACGAAUUUGGUUCUUACAGUGACGAGGUAGAGCAUCUCGUCUUCGUGAAAGAGUUGCUGAUGAAGUAUGGAAUGGAAGAACUGUUCCUCACGUCAGAAAACAUAUUCGGGCUGAAGAGAGCGGCUUUCUAUCAACAUGCUUUGCCGACAGCGAAUUUCCCGGAAAUGGGUGACGGUAAGAAACUGUUUGAUAUGAUCCGAGAGUGGAGUCCAGAUUUCCCGCUGAUGGUUAUGGAGUUCUGGCCGGGUUGGUUUGACCAUUGGGGACAGGGACACAAAGGCCUGGCAAUACCAUUGUUCGAGAACUGUCUGACAGGAAUACUAGACGCUGGUGGCUCUUUCAACAUGUACAUGUUUCAUGGCGGCACAAACUUUGGAUUUAUGGCAGGAGCGAACUUCUUCACGAAUUCUACGUACAAACCCGACAUCACUAGCUAUGAUUAUGACGCCCCUCUGAGUGAAGCUGGCGACAUCACGCCAAAGUUUCUGAGAGCACGAGAAAUUAUCUUCGAAAAAGUCCUGAAACCAUUAGGUGUUUCUAAGAUGCCAGACCUUCCGCCGAACACACCAAAGACUUGUUAUGGGAAGGUGCCCUGUACACAUACUAUGAGCUUCAAACACAUGCUGACAUUUGUAAAGAACGACAUCAAGUGUUCCUCGCCAAUCCCUAUGGAGCUCCUCAAGAUCCAUGGCGGCUACGGUCAGAACUACGGUUACACAUUGUAUCGUACGACUUUUCCGACGGGAAAACACCUGCAGUUUGCUUCACCUCCAAAGGAUAGAGCACAGGUUUUUGUCAACGGGGUUUUCGUGCAUGUGAUUGACUGGCGAAAUCCUGGUUUGGAAAUAGACAUCGCGUGCUCACAGAACACCAACACACUGGAGAUACUUGUAGAAAACCACGGGCGUGUCAAUUACGUCGAAUUCGGACUCAAUUUACUUAAUGAAGAAAGGAAAGGAUUGUCUGGGGAUGUAUUAAUAGACGGCAAGAAAUUGGAAUCGUGGAACAUUGUUCCUCUAGAAUUCGACAAAGAAUUCGUUAACAGUGUAUCCCAGUGUGACAAAUGGGAAGCCACUUCCCCGUCGUCCGGUAAUUUCCCAGCUUUGUUCAAGGCCACACUAACCAUUGCUGACGUACCGAAAGACACUUUCCUCUGUACAAAGGGAUGGGGAAAGGGCAUUGUAUUCAUAAAUGGAUUAAACCUUGGCCGGUUCUGGUGUGUCGGACCCCAGCAGACACUCUACGUGCCAGCACCACUGUUAAAACAAGGAAACAAUCAGAUAUUGAUAUUUGAACAAGAAGCUCCGGGAACGACCAUCAAAUUUCUUGACACCCCAAUCUUGGAUGAAAAUGACCAGAAAAAUGUCGAGAAUGCCGAUAAAGAAUAUCCGACCGGUUAAGGACUAAACAGACAGCAGUGAUAGGUUAACAAGUUAAGAAAUAGAUUGUUUUGUCAGAUAAUCACGUUACCUUCAACAAAUACACCUACUGAUGUAUGUCUGAAGCAGGUAAUAAAUGGACGAUUUCGAAAACGCAA